AUGUUUUCUUGCGGAACAAAGAAGAACAGUGCUCGAGACAAAACUCGCACUCCAACACCACUCGAUUCUCAUUCUCCAGUUACUCCUUCAUCUCUUCGAAGAAAUCUCUUCAACGAUAAUGAAAUCCCCAAUCGCCCUCACACCGGAACUCCCGCUCCUUGGACUCCUCGCUUAUCCGUCCUUGCCAGGGUUCCUCAAGUUAAUAAAAAUGGAAAAGAAGAUCAUACGAAUCCGAUUAAACCUGUUUUUGUUUCCGAGUUUCCUCAAAUUGUUUAUGAUGAACAAGCUACCUCGCCGCAUAAACGAGUUAUCUUUGAAGACUGUGGCGGGUGUGGUGGGAUUGACAAAAGUACAUCGCUUGCUUGGAUUAUUUGUGGGAGCAAAGUUUUUGUUUGGAGUUACUUGUCGCCUGCGUCUUCUAUGAAUUGUAUUGUUCUUGAAAUUCCUUUGAAUGAUGUGGAUGUUGGGAAUUAUGAUGCUGGUAGUUGGUUGGUUUCUGUGGUUAAUUGUGAUAGUUCGUCUUUUGGGACGAAUAAAGUUGCUAAACAUGUUGCGGUUGUUUUGUGUAAUAGAAAGACGCGGGCUAUUGUAUACUGGCCGGAUAUAUAUUCUCAGUCAAGCAAUGCUCCGGUUACUAGUCUUGCGUCUUUUGAUGAGUUGGAGGCUGUUGGUGAGAAAACACCGUUUAAGAGGCAGACGCGGCAAAGUAAGCAGGCGACUGAUUUGAAUGGGUUGAAUGUCUUUAACUCUGUUAUUGCUUCUGCAGUUCCCAGUUAUACCUUUGCAUGUGUUGCUCUUGCUUGUAGCUCAAGUGGUGAGCUUUGGCUGUUUGAAUGCAGUCCUACUGGCAUUCGUCGAAGGAAAGUAUAUGAAAAUAUUGUUAAUUUUUUACACGAAGGGGGUGAUUUAGGUAACCUCGUGAGCAACAAAGGGUAUCCAAGGUCUUUGACAUGGCGUUUUCCUCAUCAUUCUACUAAGGAAUCAAAUCGGCAGUUUUUGGUGUUAACAGAUUGUGAGAUACAGUGUUUCAAAGUAGAGUUUACUUCUGGUAUACUUGUUUCUAGACUUUGGUCUCAGGAAAUAGUUGGAACGGAUGCUGAGCUCGGCAUUAAGAAAGAUCUGGCAGGUCAAAAGGGAAUCUGGCCUCUUGAUGUGCAGGUAGAUGAUCAUGGUAAAGUAAUUACCAUUCUCGUUGCAACCUUUUGUAAGGACCGGAUUAGCAGUUCAAGCUACAUGCAGUAUUCUCUUUUGACCAUGCAGUAUAAAUCAGGAUUGGAUGUAGAGAGUACAAAUGAUAGGAUUUUGGAGAAAAAAGUUCCCAUUGAGGUGAUAAUUCCCAAAGCUAGAGUUGAAGAUGGAGAUUUUUUGUAUUCCAUGAGGCUACGAAUAGGGGGGAAACCAUCAGGAUCAAAAGUCAUAAUAUCUGGCGAUGGAACAGCAACUGUUUCCCAUUAUCAUAGAAAUGCUACACGUCUCUAUCAAUUUGAUUUACCAUAUGAUGCUGGGAAAGUAUUAGAUGCUUCAGUUCUUCCUUCUGCAGAUGAUUAUGAAGAAGGUGCAUGGGUUGUGUUAACAGAGAAAGCAGGAAUAUGGGUAAUACCAGAGAAGGCUGUCGUACUUGGUGGGGUUGAACCCCCUGAGCGGAGCUUGUCACGCAAAGGCAGCUCAAAUGAAAGAUCUGCACAAGAAGAGAUCAGGAAUCUUACAUUUACCGGUAAUUUUGCUCCAAGAAGGGCCAGUUCUGAAGCAUGGGGUACGGGAGAUAGACAAAGGGCUGCUUUGAGUGGGAUUACACGUCGAACUGCACAAGAUGAAGAAUCAGAAGCUUUACUGAAUCAUUUCUUCAAUGAAUUUUUGUCAUCUGGGCAAGUUAAUGGGUCCCUUGAAAAGCUAGAAACUUCUGGUUCAUUUGAACGGGAUGGAGAAACCAAUGUUUUUAUGCGGAUGAGCAAAUCAAUCAUUGAUACCUUAGCUAAACAUUGGACAACAACAAGAGGUGCAGAGAUUUUGUCCAUGGCCGUUGUUUCCACCCAUCUCGUGGAAAAACAGCAGAAGCAUCAAAAGUUCCUUCACUUUCUUGCCUUAUCCAAAUGUCACGAGGAGCUUUGUUCGAGGCAGAGACAUGCCUUGCAAAUUAUCUUGGAGCAUGGUGAAAAAUUAUCUGCAAUGAUUCAGCUGAGGGAACUGCAAAAUCUGAUUAGCCAGAACCGUUCAGCUAGUGUUGGAUCCUCAAAUUCUAAUGUAGAUAUUCAGAUGUCAGGUGCCCUUUGGGACAUGAUACAGUUAGUUGGUGAUAGAGCUCGUAGGAAUACUGUCCUGUUGAUGGACAGAGAUAAUGCUGAAGUGUUCUACAGUAAGGUUUCAGAUCUUGAAAAUUUCUUUUACUGUUUAGAUGCAGAGUUGGAAUAUGUUAUAGGACCAGAGCAUCCGUUUGCAACCCGGGUCCAGAGGGCAUGUGAACUCUCAAAUGCAUGUGUUUCCAUAAUUAGGACAUGCUUUGACUAUAAGAAUGAGAACCGUUUAUGGUAUCCGCCUCCUGAAGGUUUAACACCUUGGUAUUGUCAACCUGUUGUCCGUAAGGGAAUAUGGAGUGUUGGCUCUGUCUUGCUUCAGUUGUUAAAUGAUACAUCUGGGCUUGAUAAGACAGCAAAGUUAGAGUUGUAUAGUCAUUUAGAAGCACUGGCCGAAGUGCUACUUGAGGCAUAUUCUGGUGCUGUUACUGCUAAAAUUGAGCGUGAAGAAGAACACAAGGGUCUAUUAAAUGAAUAUUGGGAGCGACGAGAUGCACUACUUGAAUCUCUUUAUCAACAAGUUAAAGAAUUUGAAGCUACUUAUAAGGAUUCUGUUGAAGGAGCUGAAGAAUUGAAUGAAGAAGCCACUAUGAAAAUUACUUCGCAUCUGCUAUCAAUUGCUAAACGACAUGGAUGCUACCAAGUUAUGUGGACAAUAUGCUGUGAUGUAAACGACUCAGAGUUAUUGAGAAAUGUUAUGCAUGAGAGUUUGGGACCUACUGGGGGAUAUAGUUACUAUGUUUUUCAGAAACUUCAUGAAAGCAAACAAUUUUCUGAGUUGUUAAGGCUAGGGGAAGAAUUUCCAGAAGAGCUGUCCAUUUUCCUGAAGGAGCAUCCAGAUCUUCUUUGGCUUCAUGAUUUGUUCCUUCACCAUUUUUCCUCUGCUUCAGAAACACUUCAUAUGUUGGCUCUCACACAAAACAUGCAGUCUUCUGAAGAGGAAGAACAGGUGGAUAUGAAGUUGAAACUGACAGACAGAAAAAGUCUUUUAUAUCUAUCUAAGAUUGCAGCCUUUGCAGCUGGUAAAGAUGCUGGUACUCAGGUGAAGGUGGAUCGCAUUGAGGCUGAUUUGAAGAUUCUAAAGUUGCAGGAGGAAGUAAUGAAAUGUCUUACUUCGCAUGAAGAUAAGCAACUUGUGGAUGAUCAGCUGCUUCAUCCAGAAGACUUAAUUAAAUUGUGCUUGGAAGGUGAAGAGCCAGAGCUCUUGCUGUGGGCCUUUGACGUGUUUGCCUGGACCAGUUCGUCGUUUCGCAAGACCCACUGGAAACUUUUGGAGGAUUGUUGGAAGAAGGCUGCCAGUCAGGAUGAUUGGAGUAAAUUUCAUGAUGCAUACACAGUUGAAGGAUGGAGUGACGAAGAAACUCUACAGAACUUGAAGAAUACUGUCCUUUUCCAGGCUUCAAGCAGGUGUUAUGCACCCCAAAGUGAAACCUUUGAAGAAGGGUUUGACCAAGUAUUGCCCUUGAGACAAGAUAACAUGGAGACUUCAACUUUGGGAGAUAUGAGCUCUUCAGUUGAAACAAUACUGAUGCAGCACAAAGAUUUUCCAAUUGCGGGCAAGCUGAUGCUUAUGGCAGUCAUGUUAGGUAGUGAGCAUAGUGGUGAUGACAGGAUAGAAGGAGGGCCUUCCCCUAUGGAAUAA